AGGCUACGGUCUGUAAUUAAGCAAAGUAGCAAACCCUAAACAAUAAAAAAAGCGUCUUGAUCGAAUCCGCCUUCAAAUCUACAAUCAUGGUGGCUAAGUUGCCUUCGGAAAACAUGCACAGUAUCUUGUCAACCCUAAACUCUAAAAAGCCUUUUCAAUCAGCCUUCAAAUCUAUAACCAUGGCCGAGUUACCUUCGGAAAUCAGGUACGAUAUCUUGUCAAGAAUACCGGUGAAAUCGCUGGUUCAUUGCCGGUGUGUAAGCAAGCAAUGGCGCAACUAUAUCAACGAUCCUUACUUUGAAACCAUGUAUGCCAAACGAGCGGCAGUGAUCAACGAUCCAACGAUCAUUAUGUUUCGUCAAAACCCAUCUAAUGUUCCCAACUCACCAUGCACACUCAGUUUCUUGGAAUAUAAAGAAGAAGCAGGAACAGGUAGUUGUGCCCUAAAGUUGAACAAGAAGCCACCCUCUAUGGAGUUUAUGUGUAAAACAUCGAAUGACAGACAUCCUAGGUUCAUAGUUCUAGGUUCUUGCUAUGGUUUCCUCUAUUCGUCACAACGCCACAGUAAUGACGCCAGUACUUUUGUUGUGAUCAAUCCUAUAAGGAGAGAAUGUUAUGAACUGCCACCCAUCAACACACCAUUGCGAUUCGACAGCGGGCUUGGGUUUGAUGAAUCUACCAACAGUUUCAAGAUGGUGUGUGUCAUGGCAAACUUGCAUCCGGACAAGGAGGGUCUAUGCACUAUGGUGCAUGUCUUGGGCACAGGCUCGUGGCGAGAGAUACCCCAAGUCCCAUCUCAUCCAAUAUGCGGCGAAGGGGUGUUCGCUAAUGGAUGUAUGCAUUGGUUGACUAGUAGGAAUGUUUACUGCCCAAUAAUAAGAUUUGACAUGAAAACCGAGGAAUUUGGGGUGAUUAAGCCUCCUAGAGAAGGACCUCUUGGAAGUUAUGUGCAUUUGGUUGACUUACAUGGUGAAGUUGGAUUUGUGUAUAUCGCUAUUAACUAUAGCGUGGAGGUGUGGGUAUUGAAGGAAAGAGGAUGGGUUAUGCAUUGUGGGUUCGACCAGAAACCACAUCUAGGUUGCGGAUAUUGUAGUCGCGGAUUAAUGGUCUUAGGUUUCUGGAACGAAAAUGGGGACAUAUUAAUGACAAGUUAUCAGGGACAUCAAAAGUUGCUUGUUUACAACUUAAAAAGUGACAGUUUGUAUGAAUCAGAAUGCAUUGGUUUUGAACGAGUAGGUCCUGUAAAAGAUAUUCGGGUGUAUCAAAGCACCUUGUUUUCCACCCGCUUAUUCGAUCAAACCGAAGGAAAAGAAGUAACCCAAUGAAAAAAUGUUAGUGUUUUGCUAGGUAUAGUAAGUUUGG